AGAUACAUUUUAAAUAAAGAACCUACUUGUGAUCCUCCUCCAAAGAAAAAAAUCCCUGAAAGGAAAAAUGAGCUCUGGAACUGCAAGUGAGACAGACAGUCAGCUGCCAGCAGCAGAUGGAGGGACCAAGCGUCAGUCUGAAAACUCUGAGGACGAGCCUCCCAGGAAACGUCAGCAGAUGACCGGAGGCUCUCAUCAGGCUGAAACGGAUGAAUACGGAUGGACAGAGUUGCACAGGGCAGCAUUUGAAGGAGAUGUGGAGAAAAUACGGGAGCUGCUGGCCCUAGGCUUCGACACCUGUGCCCGAGAUAAAGAAGGAGGGACGGCCCUUCACCUGGCAAUAAGGUCGAGAAAGGAGGCUGCUGCACUGCUCCUCGUGGAUGCUGACAGCUGCAACAUCCGGGAUAGAAGUAAUUUGACUCCUCUGCACGUUGCCGCGAUGAUAGGAUGCGCGAGGGUUUUGAGAGCGCUCGUUGCUGCAGGAGGAAACAUGCGUCUCCAAAAUGUGGGCUCCCGGACCCCCCUUCACCAUGCUGUGAGUUGGGGGUGUAGGGCUGCAGCCGAGUUUCUGGCGGACGUCGACGGCACGAAUGACGUCCGAGAUGCAGUCGGGAUGACCCCUCUCCGUAUUACUGCGGCGUUUGGAUACACCAGCAUCGUUAAGAAGCUGUUGUUCAGCGGGGUGUGUCCCUAUUCAAGGGGUGCAGGAGGUGAGUACGUUCUGCGAAAUAGCCUGAGGGAAGGAAGUGAAGACAUCUCGAAAGUGAUUCUGGCCAUGUGUGCCUGGAGGGGCAUCGACAUAAACUGGAACAAGAUGAGGGUUCCCACGGACAAGGUGCAGUGGUGCAACGAGGUGCUCUCGGAGUGUUACGCCGAGAUAAAGCGGAUGAAGAACACCAAGCUGGAUGGGAUGAACGUGUCUUAUCAUGAGCUGGGGAUGAAACACGUGAGCAAGAUCUCGCCGAGACUCGCAAAUGAAGUUAAGCGACAGGUUUUGCGCUGUGAUCGGGCGACGGCGGACUUCCCGUACUACGUCGAGCUGAUGGCUUUCAAAGUGAAGCAGGCCGAGGAGAGGAGAGUCCUCGCCGAUCGGUUUCUGGAGUGUUUCUCCGUCCUGGCCCGAAAGUGGCCUCCUCUGCCUCGCACCUGCACGGACAUUGUGUUGCUCUGUCUCAGUGAACAAGACAUGAGAAAUUUCAUCUGUGCUACCAAAUUACGGGCUAGAACACCUGUUAAAGUGAUAAACAGUAUGAAAUCUGUUUAAGACAAAACCUUAAUUUUCUUUGUACCGGUUUCUAUUGUGUUCUCCAGAUCAUUCGUCAAACUUGUUCUCUGGAGACAGUUCGCAAUAUGCAUAUCUUCCCACAAUUCUGCUGCUCUUGAAUUUCAUCCUUCAAGAGAUCAACUGUGAUGUCCCUCUACAGGGUUCAUUGCUCCUUGUUUCCAUCCAGAAACAUUAAAAAAUUCAAUGGUUUUUCUUAUCAGGUGAUCCAUCUAACGACUUCAACAUUUUCCGUUGGAAGUUGAAAAAUUCUUUUGAUAAAUAAACUCUUUUUGUAUGAUCGUACGAAAACUGCCUUCUAAAAACAUGAAUAUAUCCUGCACUACCCAAUCUGCCUGAUGUGGGUAUCCGGCAGGGAGUUUAUUUAAAAUUAUUUGAUUAAGAAUGAAUGUUAUAAAUAGUAUAAGCUUUUUUUUAUUGUGCAGCCCCGUUAUCAACGGAAAACACCCACGUGUUUCAUCAUUGUUUUAGCAUUCUUUUAUAUUCAUAACUCUGUCUUUUUUGUGUUAGUAGUUGUUAGUAAUGAUGCAUAAUAAAAAGA